CUCGAUGUAAAUUCGAGCAAGGAUCUUCAAUCUUGGAUUUCGGUUCAAAUAUUCUCUUUUGCUGAUAGGACUUGUACUUCGAGAGACGGCUUUCACAAAGAUAAAUAAUGUAUAGUAUUUUGAGAACUUAUUCACCAUAUUUAAGAGCAUUACAGCGGUCGUGGGAGCCAAUUAAUGCCACAGGAUCUCUUCAAAUUCAGCAAAUCAGAUGGAGAAAACGAAGAACGGAUCCGAAGGCCAAAUCGAAAAUUGGAAGGGUUCGGGAACCCACACCUUUUGACCCAUGGGAGCGUGAUUUUUUGGUAGAGAAAAUGCCUCAUUAUAGGUCAACAAUGAAUGCUGUUAGGCACUUAUUCAAUGAAGAACUUGAGAGGAAAAAGGAUGAAACGGCAGAAGGUCUAUCAAGUGUGGAACAAGAAAGGGAAGAGGAAGAAGCGUUUAGGCAACUUUUGAAGUGGAAUGAACAAGAGAAUGCCAAGAUUAAUGCAAGAAGGAAAGAGAAACUUGCUGCUAAGGCAAAGGAGAUCGAAGAAGAAAAUCUACAGAGGUUGCUGAGAAAGGAAGAGCAGGAGGCAGAAGAAAUUGAAAGAAUGCGACAGCUUGUAUUGCAGGAACAGGAGGCCAGUAAGACAUUCAUUACCAUGGAAACCAUGGAAGCUGCUAUCAACGAGGCUUUAGACAAUCCCAAGAAUUACGACUUCCUCAUCAAGAAGAGCGGAGAACCCAUCCUUCCUGAGGACACCGCUUGGGAAAGUUUCAAAGAAAGGACGAUGAAAGCCAAGGAUGAGGAGUUUGUAGCAGAUGGAGGAGAUGAAAAUCAGGCCAAAUCAGCAGAGAAUUGACCUUUGACAUUCGGCCCUGUCGAUAUGUUACCUCUUUGACUUCUGAAUUGGAGAAGUGCCAUAGGCGUCAUGUUGGGAUCACACUGUUUUCUGUGUCCGUGGUUUAAUGUUGACUCAUGGAUUGUGUUCUCGGUUUAGACUUUGAAGGAACCAAGGAACAGAGCACGCCGAAAAGCCAAAUUCAUUGAAAGUGAAAUCAGGCACAUUUUUGUUCUAUCCCACCUUUGGUAUGCUAUUCAAAACAUUGAUAGUUGAAGAAGUUUGAUGCUGAUUGUGAAAGAGUUGUAUCAUGUCACAUUUUAUGUGUAUUUUUGGAGAUGAACACAUAUUUCUGUUGGUGGAAAUUGAAUGGGUGAAAAUAGUUAAUGGUUUCUGACAGAAAACUUACAUUUAUGGAAAUGAAUCAGGAUCGUCAAUCAUGAUUAACACUAAAUUUUUCUACUUUAUUUGAAUCAGAGAUCUGCCCCCAGUAGUGUGAAUCUCUUUAACUGCAGAAGCCUCACUACAAAUACUAGUUUUUACACAAGUUUCUUCAUGUGUUAGAGUCAGUGGCAUUACAACUUUGCCACAAGGAGUUUUCAACUUAUGUUCUGGAGUUUUGUUUUAUUGUAAAUAGUUUUAUGGAAUGGGGAUGGGGAAAUUCAGGAAGUGUCCAGUGACAAGGUGUCCCCAACAGUUACCAUUAAAACAACACUUUUCAGCCAAUCUGAGUCAAGGUAAAUACUGAAAAUGUUGAAUGAAUGGCUCCUUGUCAGGGAUGACAACCAUAUGAAACAGUGCCCAGGGAUGUGGAUGUCAGCACUAAAAAAUGUUAUAGCAGACCACAAGCACAUAAUGAGACCAGGCACUGCAGGAGGGACUUGGGGUCUGUUACACAAAGAAUUACGUUUAACCCUAAAAGAGCCAGGUUAUUUGGACCCAUCUCAAGGCCGGGGGGGGGGGGGGAGAUUCUGCCCCCCCUUUCUCCCCCCCCCCACGAGAUUUUGAUUGCACGAGCAUCACAAAAAUUUGCACGUUGGUAGUGUGCGAUGAAUCUACAAGGCUAUACGGUUGAUUUUUUUGAAACAAUAAGAUUUUUUAUUUAAUGAAUUAAAUGCUUAUUUAUGCAUGUAAUAAAACAUUUGUUCUAAUCAACUAUCAUACGGCCCCAAAAGCCCCCCGAACUAUUUUUAAUUCAAAGACUCUUUGAAGGAUCCUGAUCAAAUGUAAUUUUAAAUAAAAAUUUGGUAUCAA